AUAAUGUACCGGUAUGGUGGAACUCUUCAGCUAAACCACGUACCCGGUGAAGGCGCCAAAGUCCCCAUCUGGAUCCCCGUCAGAGGUACGUCACAGCAGGAGGGGUACCACUUCUACCAGGCCCAGUGGAUCACUGGGACUCAUGUCUCCACUGAAUUGUUCCAGGCCCAGGGCAUGACAGGGGUGGCACGCUGGAACUACCAACGGCUGGUGGACCUUAAGCAGCCAGGUGUCAUCCUCCCUGCUGUGUUUGACCCAGCACUAAUGAUGGAGUUAAAUUCUGCCUCAAAGAGAGUGACUGGGCAGGAGAAAUACCCAGCACUUCAUCGCUCUGACAGAGACACCGGAGAGAGGUUUGGCCUAGAGUACACAGAGCCAGGCUGCCGUCCAGUUCCUCUGGAUUGGGACAAACACCGAACCCAAAAGAGAGACGAACCAGCUGCUCUUGUGCCUCUGCCUCCUGUGCAGACAUGUGGUCCUGCCCAAGCCCAGGCUCCAGAUUCAGCACUCUCCCCCAGCUGGACUCCGCUUUCCGGCACGGCAUCCCCAAAAACGGCACCAUCCAUCGGUCGUUCGCUCUUUGCUGGUGCACUGCUAAAGCAGGAGAUGCCGUCAGAAGACAACCAGGCACCUCCAGCAGCGAUGGAAAUCUCACAUGCCAUGCCCCUCCCGCUGAGGUCCUCGCCGAGGAGCGCUCGCACAGGACCCAUAAAGACGGGUGGAAGGGUUUUUGUGUUGGACCACACACGCUGGACGCCGAACAUGAAAGAAGCUAUCGACAGCUUGCUGCAGAAGUACCAAGGGGAAAAGGACAUUCUGAAGCUUGUGGAUCGAGACUAUGCUGAAAUGGUCCAUCAGUCUGCCACAGAUCCCAAUAGCUUGAUGUACCCCACAACCAAGCUGCACAUAUCCCGCUAUGUGAAGCACCUGGCAAAACUCCUCAACACCAGUUCCUCUUUGAACACAAGCCAGGAAAAACUUCUGGAGACUCAGCAGCUGUGGCACUCUUUAACAAAGGGGAGUGAGACGGCUAGUGUUCCUGUGGUCACCAUGGAGCCGGCUAUUGUGAACCCACCUGCAGCUGCCCUGUCCACACCUCUGAUACAAGACUCCAUUGAGAAGAUUGUGGAGAGCAUCUUGGAGAGGCAGCAGCAACAGCAUCGGCCAGAGCAAAAGAAAAGGCAGACAAAGACGUGUCUUGCUUGUGGACAGCCCAAGUCUCAAUAUGAGACUGAUGGAUCCUCCAUCUGCUUUUUCCACCAGCAAGGGCCUGUGCGCUACUUCUAUUGUUCAAAGAAGGUGCAUCAAAGUUAUGCUGCUGAGUACCCCAACAUGCCUUUUGGAGAAUUUGCACAGACAGAAUUCUUCCAGAGGGAGCUGGAGGCCACCAAGAAACGGGUGGAGGAGAAGACGGAGAAAAAGAGGAAAAGGCCAGACUCCCAGCAAACAGGCCGCCGGUGCAGAUUCUGCCACAUGGACCUGAAACAGGAGCCAAACAGCCCACACAUCCAUACCGGCUUCCCUGGAGUGGCAGGGAAAUACAUCUACUGCCCAUCUAAAGUGUACUCUCUAUACAGAGAUAAGGGCAUGGCCAAGGAGAUGAACUGGAAAGAAUUUCAGCAGUCUCCUUACUAUGAGGCAGAGAGGCAGAGAUGGGUGGAUGAAAGGAAAAAAUAA